AUGCCCGGCUACGACUACAAGCUGCUGGAGCGGCCGCGGCGGCGCCUGCUGUGCCCGCUCUGCGGGAAGCCCAUGCGGGAGCCCGUGCGCGUCUCCACGUGCGGCCACCGCUUCUGCGACACCUGCCUGCAGGAGUUCCUCAGCGAAGGCGUCUUCAAGUGCCCUGAGGACCAGCUGCCCCUGGACUACGCCAAGAUCUACCCGGACCCCGAGCUGGAGGCGCAGGUGCUGGGCCUGGCCAUCCGCUGCAUCCACAGCGAGGAGGGCUGCCGCUGGAGCGGCCUCAUCAAGCACCUGCAGGCCCAUCUCGGCACGUGCAGCUUCAACGUGGUGCCCUGUCCCAACCGGUGCAGCGCCAAGCUGAGCCGCCGCGACCUGCCCGAGCACCUGCAGCGCGGCUGCCCCAAGCGCCGGGUGCAGUGCGAGUUCUGCGCCAGCGACUUCACCGGCGAGGCCUUCGAGGGCCACCAGGGCAUGUGUCCCCAGGAGAGCGUGUACUGCGAGAACAAGUGCGGGGCGCGCAUGAUGCGGCGCCUGCUGGCCCAGCACGCGCUGGCCGAGUGCCCCAAGCGCACGCAGCCCUGCGCCUACUGCGCCAAGGAGUUCGUCUUCGACACCAUCCAGAACCACCAGUACCAGUGUCCGCGGUACCCCGUGCCCUGCCCCAACCAGUGCGGGGCGGGCAGCAUGGCGCGCGAGGACGUGCCCGCGCACCUCAAGGAGAGCUGCAGCUCUGCCAUGCUGCUGUGCCCCUUCAAGGAGGCCGGCUGCAAGCACCGGUGCCCCAAGCUGGCACUGGGCCGGCACCUGGAGGAGAGCACCAAGGCGCACCUGGGCAUGGUGUGCGCCCUGGUGAGCCGCCAGCGGCAGGAGAUCCUGGAGCUGCGGCGCGACGUGGAGGAGCUCUCGGUGAGCAGCGACGGCACGCUCGUCUGGAAGAUCGCCGACUACGGCCGCAAGCUGCAGGAGGCCAAGGCCCGCGGCAACCACGAGUUCUUCAGCCCGCCCUUCUACACGCACAAGUACGGCUACAAGCUGCAGGUCUCGGCCUUCCUCAACGGCAACGGCAGCGGCGAGAGCAGCCACCUCUCCGUGUACAUCCGCGUGCUGCCCGGUGACUACGACAACCUGCUCGAGUGGCCCUUCUCCUACCGCGUCACCUUCUCGCUGCUGGACCAGAGCGACCCGUCGCUCUCCAAGCCCCAGCACGUCACCGAGACCUUCCACCCGGACCCCAACUGGAAGAACUUCCAGAAGCCGGGCGCGUCGCGCGGCUCCCUGGACGAGAGCACGCUGGGCUUCGGCUACCCCAAGUUCAUCUCGCACGAGGACAUCCGCAAGCGCAACUACGUGCGGGACAACGCCAUCUUCAUCCGCGCCUCCGUGGAGAUCCCCCACAAGAUCCUGGCCUGAGGCCCCGCGGCGCCCGGCGCCGCU